AUGUUUAUAUUUGCUCACUUUUUGUCUUCUUUUUUGUCCCUCUUUUUUGUCUCUCUUUUUAUCCUCUUUUUUGUCCCUCUUUUUUGUCUCUCAUUUCUGUCUUCUUUUGUCUCUCUUUUUAUCUCUCUCUUUAGUCCUGUCUUUUGUCUCUCUUUUUUCAUUUUUGUCUCUCUUUUCUGUCUCUCUUUUUUGUCUCUCUUUUUAGUCCCCUUUUUUGUCUCUCUUUUCAGUUCUCUUUUUAUCCUCUUUUUAGUCUCUCUUUUAUCUCUUUCUUCCCUCCUUUUCUUACGUUCUCUUUUUUCUUCUUCUGUCUCUUUUUCCCUUACUCACACUCUGUAUCUGUCUACUUAUCCCACACUUUCUCUCCUUCUUCCUCACACCUGUUUUUCUCUUUCUUUUAUCUCCCCAAUAAAGCAUAUCUAUCUAUCUAUCUAUCUAUCUAUCUAUCUAUCUAUCUAUCUAUCUAUUCAAAUCUAUCUUAAUCUGUUCCUAUCUAUCUAUAUAUCUAUCUAUCUAUCCAUCUAUCUAUCUAUCUUUCAGUCUGUCUAUCCGUCAGUCUUAAUCUCUUACUACUUAUUAAUCUAUCUCAUUCCUUUCCAUGAGCAGCAUUCGGUGUAUCUCUCUCCUUCUCUCUCGCUUUCUCUCUCUCCCUAUCUAUCUAUCUAUCUAUCUAAUUCUACCUCUCUCAUUUUGCAUCUAUUUUUCCAUUGUUUAGUCUAUUCUUAUCUAUCCAUCUAUCUUUUUUCUCUUUCUCCAUCUCCGUUCGCAUCUAUCUAUCUAUCUAUCUAUUACAUUCAUAUCUACUUAUCAAUCGUAUCUGUCUGUCUCAGUCUCUUCAUUAUCAGUCUAUCUAUCUAUCUAUCUAUCUGUCUAUCUAUCUAUCUAUUUUAUCUGUCUGUCUCAGUCUCUUCAUUAUCUAUCUAUCUAUCUAUCUAUCUAUCUAUCUAUCUGUCUGUCUGUCUGCCUGUCUAUCUAUCUAUCUAUCUAUCUGUUUCUACAUCUAUCUAUCUAGUCUAUCUAUCUAUCUAUCUAUCAUCUAUAAUCUGUCUGUUGUCUGUCCAUCUAUCUAUCUAUCUAUCUAUCUGUCUGUCUGUCUGUCUAUCUAUCUAUCUAUCUAUCUAUCUGUUGGCUUAUCUAUCUAUCUAUCUAUCUAUCUAUCAUAGUCUGUUCAUAUCUCUAUCUAUCUAUCCAUAUCUAUCUAUCUAUCUAUCUAUCUAUCAUAGUCUGUUCAUAUCUAUCUAUCAUCUAUCUAUCUCUAAUCUAUCUAUCUAUUGUUCACAUCUAUCUGUCUAUUUGUUUGUUCACAUCUAUCUAUCUAUCUAUCUAUCUAUCUAUCUAUCUAUCUAUCUAUCUAUCUAA